GCAAAGGAAGAGAGAGUUGUUUAGCGCGCCUUUACAGCUCUGCAACGGCUCCUCCUCCGAACCCCAAUAGCAUGCUUCCACGCCUUCGGACCUCAUCAUCACUUGUCCUUUUGCCAGAUUUCAUAUGGGCGAUGGAUUGCAAUCCAUGGUUCGAUCCGAUCGGGAUGUGGAGAUCGCUGCGAUUCUCCCUCCUCCUCUUGGUCCUCCUCGCGGCCGCCGAACCCUCCGCGGCGGCCACCUGCCCCUUGAACCUGACGUACGUUUCCACCUUCCCCUGGGACGACACCUCCUGCCUCCCCGCCACCGCCAACCAAACCGACUGCUGCCUGACCCUUCUCAGCCUCUUCGGCAUCGGACUCGCGCAGCGCCUCCAUGACACCGGCCGCUUCCGCCUCCCCGACGUUUCCACCGCCGCCGCCUGCCUCGUCGACCUCCAGUCCAACCUCUCCGCCGCGCCACUAUCCUUGCCGUCCUCCCUCGUCUCCACCUGCUUCCCCUUGCCUGGCCGCUUCGUCAACACCUGCGCCGGCAUAUUUACCAGGGGCGACUGGACCGCCAAGCUCGGCAACUCCACCGCGCUCGACGCCGCGUGCGACGGGGAUCUCACCAACCUCCAGCGCUGCGAUUCCUGCCUCAAGGCGGGUUUCGACGUCACCUCGCGGCUCACCCGCAUCGACGGUAACGACUCCAACGCCACGCCCUGCUUCUACAUCGCCAUCCUGUACGCCGCAGGAGUCGCCAACCAGUACGGCCCCAAAGACCCCCGUGCCGCUACGUGCGUCUUGGGCCUUGCGCUCUCUUCCACCUCUCCUCCCGAUCACCAGUCGCGCAGCUCCCACUCCGCCGCCAUCUACGCCUCCGUGGCCGCGGUCCUUGCCCUCGCCCUCCUCUCCUGCUCCAUCGGGCUCUUCGUGUGCCGAGUCAGCCGCAGACAGAAGAAGCGGAGCGACUCUGCGGUCUCGGAGAGGAGCUCGAGAUCGUAUCCCAGACCCAACACCGGAUCGAUCUGUUUCGACAUCAAGGAGCUAGACAAGGCCACCGCCAGCUUCUCGCAGCAGAACCUCAUAGGGCGCGGCGGGUUCGGCGUCGUCUACAGGGGCACUCUCUCGGAUGGGAGCUCCGUCGCCGUCAAGAAAGUGCUCGAGCCGGAUUUAGACGACGGCGAUGAGGGAUUCCACAACGAGGUGGAGAUCAUCAGCCAUCUGAGGCACAGGAAUUUGGUCCCUCUGAGGGGCUGUUGCAUCAGGGAAGACAUGGCGGAAGGCAAGCAGCUGUACCUGAUCUACGACUACAUGCCCAAUGGAAACCUCCACGACCAUCUUUUUGGCACAAGCAAGGACGCUCAUGGCAACUCCGGGAGGAGGAGGCCGCCCCUGACUUGGCCUCAGAGGAAGAACAUCGUACUGGACGUGGCCAAAGGGCUGGUGUAUCUGCACCAUGGAGUGAAGCCAGCCAUCUACCACCGGGACAUCAAACCCACAAACAUCUUGUUGGACGGGGAGAUGAGGGCGAGAGUGGCCGACUUCGGGCUCGCGAGGCAGAGCAGGGAGGGACAGUCCCACCUCACCACCAGGGUCGCUGGAACUCACGGCUACCUCGCGCCGGAAUACGCGCUCUACGGGCAGCUCACGGAGAAGAGCGACGUCUAUAGCUUCGGCGUGCUGGUGUUGGAGAUCAUGAGCGGCCGCAGGGCGUUGGACACAUCCCCGGAAUCGAACCUGGUGCUGAUCACGGACUGGGCAUGGACAAUGAUCAAAACCGGGAGAGCAGAGGAAGUGCUGGACGAGGCAUUGACGAGGACCGACGACGAAGGGAGGUCCCCCCCGAAGGGGAUCAUGGAGAGGUUUGUACUGGUGGGCGUCCUCUGCGCACACGUGAUGGUGGCUCUCCGGCCGACGAUAUUGGAGGCGGUGAAGAUGCUGGAGGGGGACAUCGACAUAACAGACAUUCCAGACCGGCCGCUGCCGCUCGCCCGCGGGUCUGUCUUCGGCGACGGGAACACCUCCUAUGCUUCACCUGCUCUCAGUGGCCCUUGUUUGAACACCGGAGACAUGCUCAGGUAACUCGAGGAUUUCUACGGUUUAGAAGGCUUCUAUUUAGUUUGGAUUUGGCAACUGCUACUCCUCAAUCCCACGAGAAGAAACCAAACAGACCUGUCGUUGGAUUAAUAUCACCAUCUGAGUGUAGAAGACUGAAAACCUGUAGAAAGGGGGGGGAUUCACCUGCAGGCAGCAGAUUCCACGGCAACACAAAAGAGCUUAUGUUGUGCUCCUAACCCGGUAUAAUUCUUGUUGCCUGGGUUCGGCCUGACAAACUCAAAAACUCCUUCAUGUGUCGUCUAUUUAUCACUGCAUCCAAAUUCCGAAGGUUUUAGAAUCA